UUUCUAUCCCACAAUACACUGCUGCGCGCGACAGUUAAGCGCUUAGGACGGUUUUCUGUGAAGAAAAGCUAUUUUGUAGGAAGUUAUUUUCGGUUUUGUGUCGAAGAACACGUACUGUUAUAUGGUUGCAACGUAAUAUAACGUAAAUAUAUCGGGGUUUUUUGUGUGUGUGUGACUUAACAUUCAGCGCGACGACGAUCAAGAAGGCAUCAGCUGUUGAUUUGUACCUGAUGUGUACAGCAAGGACAUUCGGGUGAUACACAAUUGACACGCCUUCCAGGGUCCUCUAGAGCACAGGUGCCAAUAUGAGCAGUUCUAAAGAUGCAUCAGCUGCUUCCCUCAUCCUUACUUACCUGACGGAGAAGAACCGGCCGUACAGCGCUCAGGACGUGUUCGGAAACCUGCAGAAACAGCACGGCCUGGGAAAGACGGCCGUGGUCAAAGCCCUGGACCUGCUUGCAGAGCAGGGGAAGAUAAGGGAGAAAGCCUAUGGCAAGCAGAAGAUCUACUUUGCGGAUCAGUCGCAGUUCGCAGACGUGAGCGACACGGAGCUGAAGGGAAUGGACGGGCAGAUCUCGGAGCUGAACUCGCGGGUGCAGACCCUCCAGCAGAGCUGCAGGCAGCUGGAGGCAGAGCUCAGGGAGCUGAGCAGCUCCUUGACGACGCAGGAAAUGAUCUCAGAGAUCGAGGCGCUGCAAAGCGAGUGCACCGGCUACACCCAGAGGUUGGAGAAGGUCAAAUCGGCCACCAACCACGUCACGCCAGAGGAAAAAGAGAAGGUUUACAGUGAGAGGAGUCAGUACAUCAAGGAGUGGAGGAAGAGAAAGAGACUGGCAAACGAUAUGAUGGAUGCAAUUUUGGAGGGAUACCCAAAGAGCAAAAAGCAGUUUCUGGAGGAGGUUGGUGUGGAGACGGAUGAAGACUGUAAAGUUACCAUGCCUAGUACCUGAUGGGAGUGUGAAAGCCGUCUUCGCUGGAUUUGGCCAUCUCCGGAGGAAUGGAAUCGCAUCCCGCAGUUCGAUGGUUUUGAUUUUUUUUGCCAAGUGCUGGUGUACAAGUUUACUCCCCGAAUGAGAAGAACCAGUGACGAGGCCGAUUGCCUGAGAAGUGCCGUUGCACGUUCAUUUCAGUUUAAACUAUAGGUCUACAGUAACCAGGAAGCGGUUAAUUUCAACUCUGUGUUCUGGUUCCUACAUCCAGUGCCUUUAUGUCACAUUUUUUGUUUAUAAAAUAGCUUAAGAAUCUUAAGAUCAGAAUAAUUUAUGUCAGGCAUGCAGAGCUUCACAGUGAUUACACAAGUCAACAGAAAAAAAACAGAAAGGUGUUAUGAGCCAAAGUAAAAUCUUAAAUAGCUUCUGACUGCAUGAAGAGAUUUACAUUAACAUAAAUGACAAAUCUGUUUUCCCAGUGAGAUAAAUGUCAUGGUGCCCCUGAUAACAGUUAUCAAUAAUUUAAAUUAAAGAGAAAUCAAACACCUGCAUUUUGAUAACAAUAGAUAUAAAAUACCCACAGAAGGAAAGAUCUUUCAUUUUUAUUGCUUGCACCACCAGCAUAUGUACUGUGGGUCAGAUAUUUUUAUACCAUUGUCAUUUAAAGUAUGGAAUCACCAUUGGAGAGCCUGUGGUCUCAUGGCCUGUUCUGCUUUGUGUGUGUGCUCCAGUAUGUGCUUGGGGUGGCAGGUGUCUGUCUGAGAGGUAGACAAACCCCUGGACUGGAUUUUUAAGGACAAAGGCAGACCUAUCUGGUCUCCCGAUGAUUAGAUAGAUACUUUAUUAAGGCAUAUGAGAAAAAUGAGCAAGAUCCAUGUUAGGUUUAACAUGAGAUUCUGAAAUGAUUUGAAAUUGGAAGUAGCUUCUUGUUAAUUUUUGUCCUGACAGGAUUACAAACAUUCACUCUAUCCUGCUGCGUAUGCUCUGCUUUUCGUUCUUUAUUUCUGGAUGACUGUGGUAUAUGUAAAUAAAAAUAAGCAAUUUCUAUCAUUUUUAAA